AAAACUCCAAACAAACAAAUCCCACCAUAGCCAUGGAUCACUUCGAUCAAGACCAAAGCGUCCUCUCAACCCUAACCGACCCCUCCGACAUCCCUCCCCCAUGCCAAUGGUGGUUCCACUGCUCCCCCCUCGACCUCAAUGACCCCCUGGCACCCUACCCAACCAGCCAACCACCAUCACUGAAAGAUAUCCCGCAUGCACAGAUCAAGUGGACGCCGUUUGCGCCCAGGGACAAUGAGGAUUUGGAACAGGGAUGGAGGAGGUGGACGGAGGAGGGGAGGGGGAGGGAUGGGAAGAAAAUGCGAGAAAUCAAGAAGGUGGAAGAGGAGAAGCGGAAACUAAAGGCGAAACAGAGACUGAUCAUUACGAAAACACCAAAGUGGAAGAGGAGAAGCGGAAACUAAAGGCGAAACAGAGACUGAUCAUUACGAAAACACCAAAGAGGGAGAGAGUUAAUCCUUUCGGCCGGUUCGAGCCUGCAUCACCGCCGGAGACUGCGGAAGAUGUCAUGGCAGAGGAGGAGGCUGCGGUGCUGGAGAAACCCGAAGAAGAAGAUACACCGAACCUCACAAAUGAAGGCCAAACCGGCACGGAAUCAGCACUCGAAGAAGUUGUCGUCGGUAUCUCCCGCCUCCACAAAGUCCAUCUGCCAACCAUGACGCUGGAGCCGAUCUAUUGGUCUCCCCUCGCAACACUGACAGACCACAGCCAAGUCAUCCGUGCCACGUGGUUUUAUGCCGAGACAAACUUUCCUAUCGAGCCAGUGUUGGAGGAGGCAUUGGAAGCCGGAUAUCGGUUUAUUCGGCCUUAUACAGACGUGUAUGCGCUUGAGUUAUCGGCUGCGAAGGAGGUGGGGCAGGAGGCUGAGCAUAAACUCGGAUAUGAACUCGAUUCCACUUCUCACCCGUCCUCCACCGAUCCCUCAGCCGUUGAGGAGUUACAAGUGGAUCCGUUGUUAAAGAAUCGUUAUGUGAUAUAUACGGAUGAGAGGGAGGCGUGGAUUAUGCUCCAUCAAGGGAAGCUGAGUCUGGCGAAGAGUCUGUUGGGGAGCUUGGGGAGGGGGAGGGGUCCUGUGGGUGUUGGAAUUGUCAGAGGGUAUGACUAUACUUCCCCUACCAAGGCUGGGAAGUCUUCGAAGCAAAGUCAGAGUAGGGCAAGGGCACGGACCAGGAGUUUGAGUGUUGCGAGUGCGAGGACGAACGGGACGAGAAGACCGAGUAUGUCUCCUAGCGAGAUGAGUGUCGAGAGCAAGUUGAAACCGAGUGCGACGGAACUCAUCGAUGAGGAUCCGACGCCUGCGCCCGUGACGGAUUUGAUUUUGGUCGUGCAUGGUAUUGGACAGAAACUCUCUGAGAGGGUGGAGAGUUUUACGUUCACGCAUGCCAUCAACCAUUUUCGCAUCCUCCUCGAAGAGGAAAGGCUUGGGGCAGCGAGUGCGCAUGUUCGGGAGGGUUACCACCCCCAAGUCCUCCCCGUCAACUGGCGCCAGAAACUGGUAUUCGACGCCGAGAGGGGCGAAGAGGACGAGACCGAAGCUGUCGGCGGCACCGAAGAAUUCGGCGGGAAAUACAAUCUAAACGACAUCACCCCCGAAGGGAUCCCAGCGGUGCGUGGGUUAAUCGCUGACGUGAUGCUUGACAUCCCAUACUAUCUGUCACACCAUAAGGAUCGGAUCACGAGGGCUGUGGUGGGGGAGGCAAAUCGGGUGUGGAGGCUGUGGAUAAGGAACGAUCCGGGGUUUGUGGAGAGAGGGGGGAGGGUGCAUAUUGUUGGCCAUUCCUUGGGGAGUGCAAUCAGUAUGGACAUUUUAUCUCGACAGCCGACCAAGACGGACGUGUGGACGCCUGAUCGACAAGACCAGGGAAAGGAGAGUACCGAUCAGUUCGAGUUCGAAACGCACAAUCUGUUCUUCUGCGGAAGUCCCGUCGGGUUCUUUAUGCUCCUAAACCAAGCAAACCUCAUCCCCCGCGCCAACCCCAACACCCCCAAAACUGCCAACCUCCCCCGGUCCGAAUCCCACGACGGUCCCGGAAAAUACGGUUGCCCAGCCGUACAAAACGUGUACAAUAUUUACCACUCUGCUGAUCCGGUUGCGAUGAGGCUGGCGCCGACGGUGGAUAAGGAGUAUGCGGAAACGUUGAAGCCGACCGUCGUUCCCGGUGUUGGGGGGACGCAGGUGAUGGAGAGUUUGGCGCAUGGGAUCAAGAACGCUAGUGUUGCGAUUACGGGGGCUGGGGGUGAGGAUCCUCGCCCUGGAGGCGGUCGGAGGCUCCCGUCGACUAUAGAAUUGGAAGUGCAUGAUUUCUCGAGGGAGGCAAAGGCGGAGAGGAGGUUGAGGGCGUUAAAUGAUAACGGACAGGUGGAUUUUGUGUUACCUAAUACUGGUGGUGUGUUAGAUUCGCAGUAUUAUCAGAUGAUCUAUGCGCAUUCGUGUUAUUGGGAACAGAAGGACUUUGCGAGGUUGAUUUGUGUGGAGUGUGGGAGGGAGGAUGGGCCUGAUAAUACAUUGUUGCAGAUGAGAGGGUCGAGAAAGAUCGAACACUGAAAUACUCACAGAAAGAGGGCGUUCAAUUGGCGGAGUUUGAUUUUUGCGCGAUUGGUAUUUCUUUAGAUGAUACUAUACAACGUCGCGUUGCUUUACA